AUGUUCACUUUGGAACUUGGCCAAUUCGUUUGGGCUUCGUUCAAUUUUUUGAUGAUCUUGUUGACUGCGUUUUCUGUUUCUUCAACGUUGACAAACCACAUUCCCUCGUCUUCGUCAAAUUGUUUAAUCAAUGGAUGUUUGUCGGAGUGUAUUUCUACAAACGAAUGUACCCAAUGCAAAGAACCAGCCUAUGCCUUCGAUUGUCAUAGUUGUGGUGAUGGGUUUUAUAUGGACGGAUUUAUGAAUUGUGUCGCUUAUUCCGCCUCAGACAUCAAUAGUUGCAACGACUCAAUCAACGACAUCACUAUCACCACACCCAGAAAUUUGGUUUUAAACGCAUCACAAUCGACCGCAAUGGAAGUAAUAGUUUUGCUUCAGGACUUUAGACUCACGCGGGACGACUGUUUUGCAGUUGUCGAUCCCUCAAACCCAUAUACUAAUGGCAUUUGGUUUUCGUUGGAUGUUGAAGAUGAGGGGUAUUACGUCUUUGAAACCGACAAUGUAUACACAUUACCACUUAUUAAUUAUUAUCAUGCACAACAAUUGCACACUGGGUAUGAUUCAAGUCUCUCGAUCACGAAUUACUGUCAAAAGGAUGCGACAUUGGAGCCUUCAUUGUGUUAUGGUGAGAAUAGUGCAUUAGAUGACUAUGUACUCUCUGCUUCAUUGAUACUCAAAAUGAACACCGGAAAGUAUUUCCUUCAACUCUUUGGAUCGUUUGGGAAUAUGCCUGAUGGUGACGUCAAAUUGUAUAUUCGGAAAAUUGUCCACCCGUGUAGUACUCGCUACAUCCAAUUGAACUGGAACGACAUCUCAAAAACGCCGAUUAAGUAUGAUAUUGGGCACAACUCAUUUGUUAAAAGUUCAUCGAUUUGUGUGCUUCGACAAGAACUGGGGACUUGGUUUUUUCUUAAUGGGACAAAUAACACGUUGUAUAUCACAACUUUGGAAGACGGCAAUUUGAGCGUUAACACUUUUAUACAUUUAGUGGAAGUCGAGAACACUGUUGAUCCACAAAACGUCGAUUGCGACAAAUUACCAGCAAAGUGCAAACAACUUUCGGACCCAGGGAAAGAGGUCCAUGCGUCAAUGGUUGCGUCUUUAAACCCUAACAAAAAUUACUUCAUUUUUGUGUCCUCGAUGGUGCACCAUCCCUUUCCCGUUUAUUUUUCAACGAUUUGUCACGACAACUGCGUCCAUGGAAUAGCAUGUUCGACUAAUGAGAAAGGGUGUGUCUGUAACACGGGAUAUAUCAAAAGGGAUGGGGUCUGCACUUUAUGUGGGAAUGGGGUGGUCGACGUUGGAGAGGAGUGCGAUAUAUCAAAUUCCGAUGAUGACUAUUUCUGCGACAUAUCGACGUGUUUCUGCAAAUACCCAACAAAGCCGGUGAAGAUCAAUAACGUUACAAAAUGUGCGUUGUUGACGUGUGGGAAUAAUCGAGUUGAUGACUAUGAAGAGUGUGAUGGAGGUGUUGGGUGUUUGUUUUGUCAUUGUGUUGCUGGCUAUCUUCCUUAUGCAUCCCCUAGAAGAGGGUGUUUGCGUGAGACGUGUGGUAAUAAGCAUUUGGAUGAAGGAGAAGAGUGUGACAGUGAUAUAGGGAGUGGAUGUGUUGAAUGUGAAUGUCAACCUGGAUGGUAUGCGACGAGUUUAGAAACAUGUAGGACGUACUCUACGGGCCAUUUAACGUUAUAUAUACUUGUUCCUGGUGUGUUGUUAUACACACUGUUAUAUAUAAUAGUGUUGAUUGUUGGAUGGUCUGAGCACAAACGACUUCUAACGAAACUGCGAUUUGAAUACAAUGAACAGAUGAACGUCUUUGUGAAUUGUAUUGUGCCGUUUGAACCGGCAUUUUGCUACCCGUUGAAUAUCCCCAAUGAAUUUUUUAAUAUCCAACCGACAGAAAUCAAUUUGUCUGAUGAAUACUCGUCGCCGGAAGUCGAUAAGAUCGAAGAGACGCAGUGUGUCAUUACAAAUUAUUCUGAAACGGAAAGUAUGAGUUUCUUAUUCCACGCGAUUUCAAACAAAAAGUAUGACAUCCGGUUCACCCCCUUUCGUGGGGUCAUUCGCCCGAAAAGCGAAAAGGACGUGAAAAUUGAAAUAAUAGUGCACUGCACCACUAUAGCACAUGAAGAUGUCAAUGUCACAGUGCAUUAUUCUCAUUUCAAGAAGUUGAUGAAAGGGGAGUUACAAAAGCAGAAGAAAGUGCCUCAUAAAGUCGCGAAGUCUGACAUGCGUUCGAGUAAAUCGGCGAAGUAUAUGAAGAGUUCAUAUUCCACUGGGUCGUUACAGAACACUGCAUCAUCAGAGGAGAAUAGACCCGACUAUACCAAAGCUAAAAAGUUCAGUACGAGUCUCUCGUUCAUCAUUCGGAGUCGACUCUCUCCUAAACUUGAUUUGGGAGAAAUCCAUUUAGAUCAGUCACCGAUUGGACAAGGAAGUUUUGGAAUAGUGUACCAUGGCGUUUACAGAAAGCAGGAUGUAGCAGUCAAAGUCCUCAAAACGGACAUCUGUAACAUCAAAGAAUUAACACCGAAAUUUCAAGAAGAAGUUGCAUUACUCGAGAAAUUGCGGUCACAGUAUAUAGUCUCCUUUAUUGGUGUCUGUGUUGAUGAUGAAUCGAUUUGCGUUGUUAUGGAAUACUGCCCGAUGGGGUCUUUGAAAACAUAUUUGAGGUCGGUCCCAACAAAACCAUUACUCCGUCUUAGGUUUUGUCAGGACGUUGCACGUGGGAUGUUAUACCUCCACGACAAUAAUGUCAUCCAUCGGGAUUUAAAGCCCGACAAUUGUUUGGUGAUCUCCGAGAAUCCUAAUGAGGGUGUAGUGGUCAAAGUCACUGAUUUUGGGACGUCAAAAAAUAUCAUAGAAACGGCUAAUUUGGUCGAUGGCAAUGAUGUUGGAACCCCUAUGUUUAUGCCCCCCGAGUUACGAUUGGACGGCGUUAUUAAGUUGAAGUCGGAUGUGUUCUCAUAUGCAAUUUGUAUGUUAGAAAUCUGGUUGUGUCGGUCCCCAUAUAAUGUUGAGGAAUUUGAAACCCCGGAAAGUAUCUAUCAAUUUGUAUUACAAGGUCAUCGACUCAAAAUACCAAGGGAAUGCCCUUAUAGAAAACUGAUCAAAAAGUGUUGGCAACGAAAAGUCGACGCCCGGCCAUCGUUCAAGGAAAUCGACGAAUACUUUAUUAGGCUCAUUCAAAAUGAAAGAGUCAAAAUGGCAACCCCAUGUUUGCAAAUUAACACCCCAAGCGAAUUUGGGUGCGAGGAGAAUGAAAGCCAAAUCUCCUUGUUUUGA